UAUGGGCGAGUCUACCCCGUCGCCUGCUUCCAUGACUCAUAUGUUUUCAGACUGUUCCGUGUAAACACUGGACUAGCGAACUGUUCUGUGUCUGUUCUAUUCUGUAGUGGACACUACUAACGAAGCUAUUGUUUUACUGACCGUACGACUCGGUCGAGUUCACUGACAGUCUCGUUAGCGCACCUCUGUAACCCGCGGGCAAUAUGGUAUCGUCUUUCAAUAUACGAUGCAUUUGGGUAUGAUAAUAAUAAGGCGACUGUAGUGCGAGUAUGGCGGGAGCUAAACCUGGCGUUCAUGCUGUACAGUUAAGGCCUAUCUGCGUACCGGAAUCGCUUAUCAAGGGCAACAAAUUCAUCAGAUGGGAUGAGAGCUCUACGAUUGGAACGCCGGUCACCCUCAAGGUGGAUCCCAAGGGAUACAUCCUGUAUUGGAAAGACCAGAACAAGGGCCAAUGUACGGGCAGGAAGCCAUCCGUGACUGUGGCGGACAUGGAUUAUCUGGACAUGUCCUUCAUUCGGGACACGCGCACAGGCCGCUAUGCCAAAGUACCAAAGGAAGGAAAGUUGAGGGACACAUGUGUGAUAGGCACAGUGGACUGUCCUUUGGAGGAUAAGACAGUUACCAUUGCCUACAACAAGGACCCCUCCAAAUGUAACAUGGUGGAUGUUGACUUUAUCAACUUUGUGUGUGCCAGCAAGCCUGUGGCCAAGGAAUGGUGUGAAGAGUUACUCAAGUAUGCCAACAACCUUCUGGCCCUCAACGCAAGCGCCCUGUCCUAUCUGGAGAAGGCCCACACCAAACUCACACAUGUACUGGAUGUCAACGGACGCAUACCUGUCAAAAAUAUCGUGAAGAUGGUUGCUAAACAUGCAGAGGACCGGCGACGUGUGGAGAAGGCUCUUGAGGGAGUGGGUUUUAAUGCAGGCAAGAAUGAGACCAUAGAUCCAAACAGAUUUACAUUUGAUGGAUUUUUCAACUUCUACCGCCACUUAGUGGGAAGGACUGAGGUGGACAAGGUUUUUGACGAGAUUGGUGCCAAAAAGAAGCCGUACCUAACUGUGGACCAGUUUGUAGAAUUCCUAAACCGUGAGCAGAGAGAUCCGCGUUUGAAUGAGAUCUUGUAUCCUUACUACACCACAAAGCAAGCCCAGGACCUGAUAAACACCUACGAGACUAAGACUGGCAUGGCUGCCAAGGGGGAUGUUGAGCCAGGCCAUCUGUCACAGGAAGGAUUUCUCAUGUUCCUGAUGAGUGAUGAGAACCAGAGUAUCGCCCCGGACUUGUUGGAUCUGAGCCACGACAUGACUCAACCUAUUUCUCACUAUUUUAUCAACUCCAGUCACAACACAUACUUAACAGGUCAUCAGUUGACCAGUAAGUCGUCAGUGGAGCUGUACAGACAGGUGCUGCUCAGUGGGUGUCGCUGUAUAGAACUGGAUUGCUGGGAUGGGCGUGGUGCAGAUGAAGAGCCAAUCAUCACCCACGGCUACACCAUGUGUACUGAUAUCUCAUUUAAGGAAGUUAUUGAAGCCAUUGCAGAAAGUGCCUUCAAGACGAGUGAUUUCCCAGUGUCCCUGUCCUUUGAAAACCACUGCUCACCAAGGCAGCAGGCAAAGAUGGCGGCUCACUGUAGAAAUAUAUUUGGAGAUAUGUUACUGACGGAGCCAUUGGAGACACACCCGGUUGAACCUGAUAACCCUUUACCAAGUCCACACCAGUUAAGGUGCAAGAUUAUAAUAAAAAACAAGAAGCGGCACUCUCACAAACCAAGACCUGCAAAGGUCCAAACUCCUUUGAAGAGCACGCCCAGCUCAAGUAAAAUGGUUCAGGUAAAUGGGGAGACCAAAGGUGGUGGAGGCGGAGAUGGUGAUGGAGGGGGAGGAAAUGAGAAGGUGGUUUCCACGCCGUCCACAGCCUCCGAGAUGAAGUCGCGCACGGAGAGUGAGAGUGGGGAGGGAACAACUGCAGAAAAACCUAUUGAUUCUGACGAGGAAUCAGAAUCAGACGAGAGUGACUUUGAAGAGGAGGAAGAAGUACAGAGCCAGAUAAAAAGUAGUAACUUCAAGCAAGAUAAGGGUACAGCAGGAAAAGAAGCUGAAGCCGGACAAGAGAUGUCAGCUUUGGUAAACUACAUACAGCCUGUCCACUUCCACACCUUUGAGAUCUCAGAUAAGAGAAACAGGAGUUAUGAGAUCUCGUCUUUUGUGGAAACCCAGGCUCUGAGUUUACUAAAGGAAUACCCAGUAGACUUUGUCAAUUACAACAAGAGACAGAUGAGUAGGAUCUACCCGAGAGGAACACGAGUCGACUCCAGUAACUUUCUCCCACAAAUCUUUUGGAAUGCUGGUUGCCAAUUAGUUGCAUUGAAUUUCCAAACUUUAGACGUACCAAUGCAGCUCAAUCUUGGAAUAUUUGAGUACAACAACCGCUCAGGCUACAUACUCAAACCAGACUUCAUGAGGAGAAAUGACCGACGGUUUGACCCCUUUGCUGAGUCAACUGUAGAUGGAAUUGUAGCUGGCAAGGUCGUAGUCAAGAUAAUCUCAGGCUCCCUCCUGUCAGAGAAGAAGAUUGGUACCUAUGUGGAAGUGGAAAUGUAUGGGCUACCCACAGAUACUGUGAGGAAAAAAUUCAAAACCAACAUGGUACAAAACAAUGGAAUUAACCCUGUCUAUUCUAGUGAACCCUUUGUAUUUGAAAAGGUCGUCCUUCCAAAUUUAGCUGUGAUAAGAAUAAUUGCAUUUGAUGAGAACAACAAGAUGUUAGGGCACAGGAUUUUGCCCGUUCAAGGUUUAAGACCAGGUUACCGACACCUUCCACUAAGGAAUGAAUGUAACCUGCCUCUCUUACUACCCAGCUUGUUUGUCUACAUCAAUGUCCAGGACUACGUGUCGGAUCAGUUUGCUAUAUUUACCUGGGCUUUGAGUAACCCCAUUCAGUACCUGUCACAGCUUGAGAAGCGUGAUGCACAGUUGAAGAUCUUAGAAGAUAUGGAUAAUGAAGAUGAGGAAGUGUUGGAGAGCUCUAUGGAUGGGAUCAAGGACGUGUCCAGGACAGACAGUAGUAGUUCAGCCAACCCCAUUCCAGAGAAGAAGAGUGAUAAGAAACCUGUGACCAGUAAAAUCUCACAUGCAGAAAUUAAACAACAGAUUAGCAGCAGUUCAGACACCAGCAAUCCAUCAGAUCGCAUGUUUUAUCGUAUGUUAAGUUACAGAAUGGUGAGCCAGCCACAACUCCGAAGUGUGAACAGUAUCAACAAUGAAAAUGGAAUUAAUCCUGGCUCCUCCAAACUUAAUGAUCCAACCAUCCUACAACCAACAUCUUUAGAGGAGCUCAAGCAACAGAAACCCUUCAUUAAGGCAUUGAGUAAACGGGAAAAGGAAAUAGAAUCUCUAAAAAAGAAACAUGAAAAGGUGAAAGAGAGUGUAAAGGAGGUACACGACACACAGUUGGAUAAAAUGUUCCGUUCACAGGUCAAAGCUAAACGCAGCCUGGAGAAGACUAACAGUAAAGUUCUAGAGAAGGCCAAGAAGCAGGGAAACAAGGAGGAGGUCGAGCGUAAAACCUCCAUGGAAUUUGACAACCUCCUGACUGGCCAUGAGGUCGAGCAAAAGUCUAAGCAUAAGGAAAUGCGGGACACACAGACAGAAAUGUUUGUGAUGAUGAGUAAGGAGCAUUACCAGGCUGAGCUAGAGAUACACCAGCGCCAUCUAGAACCUCUGUACACCGCUCUCAAGGAAAUCAUGGAACAAGAUCACAAAAACCACCUCAAACGGCUCACCGACAUACAUGACGGUGAAGUAAAAAAGCUCAGCGAAGACAUGGAAGCUUCACGACAAAAGGAUAAUAAACAAAUGAGCAAACAGUACAAGGAUAAAGAGGAAAGAGCAAGACGAAGACGUGAAGCACAACAGAAGCAUGUAGAUGCCGUUGUAGAACGGAGAAGGAAGCUUAGUGAUAUACUUGCCAAGAAGAAAGACGAACUGACCAAAGCACUAGAAGCUAUUGCCGAUGAAUUUGAGAAGGAAAGAGAGCAGGCUUCAGAAAAGUUGGUAGCGGAGUUUGAGGAGAAAUGUCAGAAUUUGACAGCACAGCAAAGUAAAACUAGUGAGACAGUGGAGGAAAACACACAGUUAUAAGGACCAUCAUGACUAGCUUUGUAUCACCCAUAACUCAAAGCCAGGCCACUCGGAACAGCCAUUGUGUCACAGUGGCAACUGUCAACAAAUGGAUCAGCCAAGAGGGCAUGCUGGAAACCUUCAGCAAAUACAACACGCUGGCAAUCAUCAUUAAACAGAACUACCAGAAGGCCACACUAGCAACUCAGCGUAGAAGUCACAACGGCCAUCGACGCACGGGGCUCUGUUUGACCUGUCUUCACUGUGGUGACUUGGUUUUCCGCCCUGCAGUGGCCAUUCAUUCAUUGGCACAUUUGGAAAUACGGGGAUAUGGUUGCCAAUCCUACAUUAUCUGGAUACAGAAUGCUGUAAAAGAGGUUCCCACUAUCAAAAUAUGUAUCAGAAAAUCAAUGAAUUUAAUACUUGAACCAAAGUACAGAAAAUUUCAUUGUUUGAUUUCUGCAUUGCAAAUGAUAAAAAUUGUUUUAACAUUUGAAAAUAGCCACUUUUACUGCAUACUGUUAUCGUUAUCCUGUAUACUUGAAUGUCUUUCUUAAUGCUCCAAACGAAAUGGACAAAUCAUAAGAGUUUGGUGCAAUGUAUUCCGCUGUAUUACAUGACUAUGUGUAUCAUGUGUUGUGUCCUACAGGUUUCAGUAGAAUGACAUAUAGUUUAUUGCCUAUAACUAAUAACACCAGUGGACUGAUGACAGUGUGGGAUAUCUUUGCCAGUGAUCUAUAUUAUGGUAACCAAAACCACCUGUUAGUAGCUCUUGUAUCAUGUUGUGUUGCCGAACAUGUUAUUGUGGGAUCUCUGAAUUAACGCUACAACAUUUUAUUGAUAGAACAUGUCCUACACACACCUGUCAGUAUUACAACAGACACAGGAUUUGUGAAGUAGGGAAUAUGAUCAUUUGUACAUCACACUUUCAUUUUAUAUACUUGUAUACCUGGACCACUAUAGUACUUUAUACCAGCUUGUAUUAACUAUAGCUUACUAAUCCUAACACUGUCUUAGUGUGCAUGUUUUAUUGAGUGUGGAGUAUUGUCAGGUAUAUAUCACACACAGAAAAUAUGGGCUAUAGUCAAAAAAAUAGAAACGUGAAGGAUAUUGGAUAUUGUCAAAUAUAUGUUCCACACAGACGUAGGACUGUUGUUAAAUAUAUGACACAGAUAGACUUCGGACUAUUGUCAUAUAUUUCACACAAUUACAGUUCGGAUAUUGAAGAAUAUAUACAAGUUGACAAUUCAAAAGUAUAUGAGUUUGAUACUCUGCCCACAGAUUAUUGAAUUAUUGAUCUAGUUUGAUAUUGAAGAUAUGGCCUUGUGCAGUUCAUUGUUUAAUUGUUAUUAUGAGAAAGAACACUUACAAUCAAACAGGUGAAGUUAGGGUACAUUGCUGUACAAAGUGUAAGUAAGAGAAACCAUUCAGGUUUUGAUUUGCAGAACAAGGCCAUAGAAAUAAUUAAGAGGCAUCUUGACUUUCAUCAUGACACAAUGGUAAACUGUAACAGUCAAAAAUAAGCUCUGUUUAAAAGAAAUCUCUGUAAGGCAUAACAAUGAUCUCCUCAGGAAGAAUGACCCAUAAAGGCAUCUUUUGACAUUAGUUUGUUGCCUCUGAAGCCCAUAUAAAUGAUGACACCUUAAUUAUGAUGGAAACAAUUCUCACAAGUAUGAAUUAUACACCUGAUAGUGUCCACUAAUCGGUCGCAUCGUCAUUAGUGUGUAUUAUACACUUGAUAGUGUCCACUAAUCGGUCACAUCGUCAUUAGUGUGAAUUAUACACCUGAUAGUGUCCACUAAUCAGUCGCAUCGUCAUUAGUGUGUAUUAUAAACCUGAUAGUGUCCACUAAUCGGUUACAUCGUCAUUAGUGUGAAUUAUACACCUGAUAGUGUCCACUAAUCGGUUGCAUCGUCAUUAGUGUGUAUUAUACACCUGAUAGUGUCCACUAAUCGGUCACAUCGUCAUUAGUGUGAAUUAUACACCUGAUAGUGUCCACUAAUCGGUCGCAUCGUCAUUAGUGUGAAUUAUACACCUGAUAGUGUGCACUAAUCGGUCGCAUCGUCAUUAGUGUGUAUUAUACACCUGAUAGUGUCCACUAAUCGGUCACAUCGUCAUUAGUGUGAAUUAAACAUAGUAGGCACACUUACCAGCCGUGUUAAGAAGUUUGACAUGCUUGUAAACAAAUUCCCACAUUUACCUUUUGUCUAGAUCAAUGUCCCAUUUACGAAGGUAACUAACCGUGUCUGUACACCUCAUAACAUUCCAAUGUCUAGAUUUUCUUUAUUCAUGUUAUGACCUGAUUUAGUAAUAUAUAUAUAUUUGUGCUUUAGGAAUAAGAAGUUUUAAGAUGUUCUAGAGUAAGUUAAGGACAUUGAUGCACAAAGUUGUUGUGAAGUCUGUUGUGUAUGCGAGUGGUGACAAUGCCAUCGUUAGUGUCUACAGGUGAAGUGCAGACGUACAUUAUGUUUAUAUAUUAUGUUAAUUAUUACUCUGUUAUUGUUGAGGAGUUGGACCCAGGGGCCUGGAGGACAGGAGUCACAGAUCACCAUUCUGUAACAACCCUGUGGAAUAAGUUAAAUAUUGUACAGAUUUUAUUACUUAUAUGCAUAUUUCUUUUUCAAAAAAUGUUAUUAUGAAUAUGUUUCCCUAAUUUUUAUGUGAUAUUUUUUUCCAUAUUUGUCAAAUAUAUGUUUAAAUAUAUAUCAUGUACAAUUUCCAUUACCUGGUUCUGUAUUUUAUGUAUAAACUUCCAUUAUCUGGCAAUGGAUAUUGUGUAUAUUAUAUACUAACUGCCAUUACCUGGUUCUGUAAAGUUGGUAAUAUACUUACUCCAUUACCUGGUUACAAAUUUGUUGACACAUAGUGCUGGUAUGUUUGCUUCUACUAAGUGGGUAAUAUGUGAUGUACUGACGAUCUGUGACAUAAUUAUGUUAAUGACAAACUGACCUCCUAACAUGGUUAUAUGACAUUCUUACCUUAUAACCUGAUUAUGUGACAUACUUACCUAAUUACCUGGUUAUGUGACGUACUGACCCCAUUCCCUGCUUAUAUGACAUAUUGAACUUAAUACCUGGCUAUUUGACAUACACAUCUCAUAACCUAGUUCUAUGACAUACCGAGUUAUGCAACACUGGCCAAAUUACCUAGUUACAAGACAUUAUGACCCCCUUACCUAUUUAUAUGAUAUUCUGAUCUCAUUACCUGGCUAUGGCAUACUGACCUCAUUACCUGGUUAUAUGACAUAAUUAAUUCAUUACCUAGUUAUAUGACAUACUGACCUUUUCCAUGUUACACUGACCUAAUUACCUAGUUAUAAGCCAUAACAACCUCCUUACCUAGUUAUGCGACAUUAUCUCAUAAAUUCGUUAUAAUACACUUACCUUAUUGGUAUCACCUUAUUAUAUGACAUCUGACCACUUUAUCUGGCUAUGACAUACUGACCUAAUGACCUGGUUAUAUGACACACUGACCUAUUUUCCUGGAUAUGACAUACUGACCUAAUGACCUGGUUAUAUGUUACACUGACCUCUUUACCUGACUAUGACAUACUGACCUAAUGACCUGGUUAUAUGACACACUGACCUAUUUUCCUGGAUAUGACAUAUUGACCUAAUGACCUGGUUAUAUGACCUACACAUCUCAUAACCUAGUUUUAGAACAUAAUGAGUUAUGUGUUACUGACCUAAUUAAAUGGUUAUAUGACAUACUGACCUAAUUAAAUGGUUAUAUGACACACUGACUUCAUUAACUUGAUAUGAAAUGAACUUACGUAUCCCAUAACCUGGCAUUAGGAUGCUUUUUGUGUACUGACAUUCGUAACCUGAUCAUGUGACUUUGUCUGGUAAUCAGUUAUGUGUUGACAUUUGUAGCCUGUCAUGUGACUUUAUCUGGUGACCAGUUUGUAUUUAUAAUUGUUUAAUACAUGUCAUGUGACUGUCUGGUAAACCAGUUUUGUAGCUGUGGGACUGCCAACUGUCUGAUGUACUAGCUUUAUGUAGAAAUCUCAUUUUUUAUAAAUUGUAUGUUUUGUCUGUGACUUGGAAUACCUUUCAGUGUAAAAUCAAUUUAUUUUGUUAUUUAACAUGUAAAAAUAAUAUUUGUUUCUGCAAAUUUGUUGCAUUGAAAUAAAAUGGUCUUUCAUAAAUUUUCUAAGAACAUAAAUGAUAUGCAUGUGCCCUUCCAUAUCUUGCAAUACCUGGGUUUGUACCACAGGUGUUUUACAGGUGUGACAGUAGUAUCCUGUAAUGAUGUACAAUUGGUACAAGUGAUGAAAUGCCAAUACUUACUGUGGGACAUUUAAUUGAGAGAGAAAAAUAUGAUAUAUAUUAUUCAUGAGCAAAGUGAUCCUUUUAUAUAAGCCUCACUCCACUAUACUUUUUCAAACAUAAUUUCCAAGCGGUUCGGUGCUGACUAGAGGCUCGCUAUAGUGUGAACUGGUUUGUUCUUGAUAAGGUUAUCAGGUUAGGGAGGAGUACUGUAUGUGUAGGAGAGGGGCUGUACUCCAAGUGAUAAGGCUGGAGCUCUUACAAGAUAGGGAGGAGUAUUGUAUGUGGAGGAGAGGGGCUGUACUCCAAGUGAUAAGGCUGGAGCUCUUACAAGAUAGGGAGGAGUAUUGUAUGUGGAGGAGAGGGGCUG